GAUUUCUUUACAAUUGAGCUAAGAUGUAAAAGGUGCAUGUACAAGAAAUGGAAAAAGAGAGAGAAAACACCAUAGAGGAAUUCAAAUGAAUAACCAGCAUAUGUAGGGAUGAAGUUAGAAAAGCCAAAGCACAAGCGGAGCUCAAGUUUGCUAGAGUUGGUUAAAAACAAUAGCGAGGGCUUUUUUGGUGAUCUCCAUAGCAAGGACAUGCUAGGGCCACUGCAUGGAGAAGAUGGCAAAAUGCUCACAGGGGACAGAGAAAAGGCAAAACUACUCAGUACUUUCAUUGCCUCAGUUUUCUCCCAAAAGGAAACCAGUGUUCAACUUGAGCAAUAUAGAGCGGACAAGGCAGUAGGGGAAAUACUACUCAAAAUAGGUAAAGAAGUAGUCAAGGAAUACAUGGCUACUCUAAAUGAACUCAAGUCUCCAGGGUCAAAUGAACUCUAUCAAGGAGUUCUAAAAGAAAUGGAAGAAGUCUUUUCAGAACCAGUGGCAAUUAUCUUUGAUAAUUUAAGGAGAGCAGGAGAGGUUCCAGCAGAUUGGAAGAAGGCCAAUGUUGUCCCCAGAUACAAAAAGAGGGGUAAAGAGGACCCAAACACUGACCGCCCUAGAGCAGAUCGUUAAAGACACAAUCUCAAGGUAUUUAGAAAUGAAUGCCAUACUCAAUAAUAGUCAACAUGGGUUUCCUAAUAACAAGUCAUGUCAGACUAACGUUAUCUCUUUUUGAAGGAAAUAAUGUGGAUGGAACAUAUUGUAAUUCCAGUGAGGCCUUUUGUCAUAAAUACUUUUUAAGCAUCAAAAAAGUCAUUUUAUUCCACUUCUAGUGAGACAGAGUAUUAGGCACUUUACAGCAAAAGAAGGUAGACACACAGACUAUAUCACAGAAAUAUGAUACCGUAGAGUCUCACUUAUCCAACAGCAACAGGCCGGCAAAUCCCCCUUCAUCAUCACCACAACACUUGGUUUGAAAACAGCCCAUGUGUCCAGAGAAGGGUGUCUGACCAAAUGUCCUAUCCUAUAGAGCAGGCAUGGGCCAACUUUGGCCCUCCCCCAGGUAUUUUGGACUUCAACUCCUACAAUUCCUAAUAGAUUGUAGUUGAAGUCCAAAACACCUGGAAAGAGGACCAAAGCUGGCCCGUGCCUGACCUAAGGUAUAAUGACAGAAUGCUCAACACCUGCCAAGCCUGACCUGUACAUUAUAAUCAACCUGCACCAUGGUACCUGUGGCCCAGAAUGCUGUUACAGAUAGAAGUUUCUUGAUAGAACAAAUCUAAUUGUCGCACCUCAGGUUAGCUUCACCUUGCUAAAUACAUCAGGCUGUACACAGGUUGAAGUAUUUUGUAGUUUAUUAGGAAAUAGGAAAUAAAUAGUUCUUAAAAAGCAAAAGUAAAGUUCCAAAAGAUUGUUGCAAAACAAGGCUUAAAAGAAUAAUCCAAGAAAGAAAACAUAAAGCAUAAAACAAGGUUCCAUUAAUACAUGACAAAGUCCCAUGAACAUGAACACACAAGGCUGUAUAAGAUAAUCCAGGAAAGCAAGAGCUGGCUUCUUGACUUGAGCAAGAAGUUGCUUUGACAAAGGUUUCUCUCUCAGCACACCGUUUAAUACCCUUUGCAUAGCAUGAAAGCAUUUCUUUGGCCUCUGACCUCCCACUUGUUUGCUAUUCUAAACACUCCUGCGAAUCCUGAAUUCCAAACAACCAGCUCGAUCUAAAGAUUCUGUUUCAUCAAGGCCAGCCAGCUCGUUAGCAUUAGCGUCUGUCUGCAUGCUAUCAGACUGAGAGCUGUCCUCCCUUCUUAGGUCAAUUUGCACCUGGCUAGCUUCAGUAUCAUCAACACCAUUCCCUGCCCUGGGAAAGCCUCCCUGCUCCUCAUUAAGAACACCCAUGAAAUGCCAUAUAACACCAGUGCUGCAGCAUUUGUAUUGGCUUCCAACUGAUUACCGUGGUCUAUAUAAGAUGCUAGUUCUGAUCUUUAAAACUCUUUACGGCCAGGGCCCAUCGUACCUUAGAGACCGUCUCUCCUUCUCCCAUCAUCGGAGGUCGCAACGACCAUCCCAACGAGACUUACUUUAUGUACCGGGUCCUAGAGAAGUGCGCUUGGAAAGGACCAGGCGCAGAGCUUUUUCUAUUUCUGCCCCUGCCUUAUAGAAUGCCUUGCCGCCCCAUAUGAGAGCCAUGCGUGAGUUGGGGCCUUUUACCCUCGCACUCAAGACCUGGCUCUUUACUAGAGCUUUUAAUCUAUGUUAAUUUUAUCAAUAUUUGUACAUAUGUAUUUUUAUCCUUUACAAUUUUAUCUUGUAAAUCGCCUAGGGCAUCUUGGAUGGAGGGCGAUUAAUAAGUAAUUAAAUAAUGAUGAUGAUGAUGAUGAUGAUGAUGAUGAUGAUGAUGAUGAUGAUGAUGAUCUUCCACAGCAGGAACACUCUGAACCUGAAUCCCAUCAUUCCCAUCAGAGUCAUCUUGAACCUGAAUCCCAUCAUCUUGAACCUGAAUCCCAUAAUCCCCAUCAGAAUCACUCUGAGGCUCUAGCUGAGUCACAACACUAAUGUGGAAAGCUAGUUUGGAAACUUUUGGGGGGAGUGUAUGUGUAAUUGCAGUUGUCCAUUACUCCACUGGAGGGAGCAUUUGGCCAAGUCACAGAAGCUGAUGGUCCAGCUCUCAUCUCCAAAACAGCAGAAUACAAGCUGCCUCCUCAAAUAAACAUGGUCCUCAUAGUCCCUUUUUCCAGUCAUAUUUCCACCAUGCUAAACAGACCCAUCUCCCUCAUCCGCUCCUCACCUAAAGCCCCCAAGGCUGUUUCUAUAGCCCUCCCCUCUGUUUUGUUUGUUUAGGAGUUGAAAGUAAUUGUUUUCAGUCUGUUUCAGGUCAGAGAACAGCCCAAAUAUUUUGAACCAACUGCACUUAACCAGCUUUAGAAACGCCAACAACAGACCUGAUUGGAAGAGGAAAGAUCCCGAAAAGUGUUUCCAAAGCAACACUCUUCUGUCAGUGUACAAAAAAGGCAGAAAUAAAUAAAUCCAUGCAUAAUGUUGUUUGUUACCUGCUGCUCCUCAUGGCUCAAGGCAGGGCACAACAUAAUUAAAACGCAUCACCAUGAAACACAUAUGCUAAAAUGCAUAUAUUAAAACACAUUACUAUGAAAUGCAUAUCUUAAAAUACAAUUGUAAUAGAAACAACAAGGAAGUAGCCAUAAACAUCAUAUAGAAGAAAGCAGUUGGCUUGGGCAUAGAAAAUGUUAUGUUCCUAGCAAUUUUAAGAAAAGGUAAACAACAGGCACAAAGCAUUUGGAGCUGCGUUCUAACAUGUCUCCUUUUGUUCUGCUGCUGUGACAAAGGCUAUAACGCAGGAAAGAGCGUGACAUACAUAAUUUAGAUACAGUUUGUUGUUCAGUGCCUCCAAGUCAGCUCCAGCACACAGCAACCGUCUCGGUAAGGCUUGUUCAGGGAUGCUUUGCCACGAUCUUCUCAGGCUGAGAGAGUGUGUUUCCAGAACCAAGUGGCAAUUUGGACCCUGGUCUCCCAAAGCCUCCAUCCCACAUUCAGACCAUUGCUUCCGCCUGAAAGAGUGCUUGGGCAGCCAAAGGAGAGGGCAACAAGGUCUCCAAACUCCAAACACCGAUGACGUGUCUCCCGCCCCUUAUCUCCUUGACUAGCGUCUCCGAACCCGAGACCGCUGGGAACUUCCCCGGCUCUGAUCCAAGAUGUUUCUCUUUGCGCGCAAAACCAGGACGCCCAUCAGCACCUACACCGACUCCUACCGGCCCCCCAACACCCUGAAGAAGACCUUUGAGGACCCACCGCUGGCCCUAUGGAGCGAGAACAAGUUCCUCACACAGGGCUUGACCGUACCCAGAGUGGACCAUCCGAUUGACCAAAACCACCUGGACAAGCUGGUCAAGAGGGCAGUCCAGGAAUACGCCUACAUGAACCCCACAGAGGCCUCAGUUUACCGGCCGUACAAGUAUUGGGUGACCCGGGAAGAAGAGAAGUUCAACCCCGUCUUCACUGGAGACGACAGGUACGCAACGUGGCGAACCGGGCCGUACAACAGCGCGGGAUGGAACAGAUACACCACUUACCUUCCGCGGAUCCCCAAGGAGUCUGGGAUGGAGUCCAUACUCCGCGGGAUGCCCAUGCAGUACCCUCCCAAACCAGAGCGUCUCAACAAUUACGAGCGAGAAGUGGUGGUGAACAUGCUGAACAGCCUGUCCCGGAAGCAGCUCCCGUCCCUGCAGCACCACUACACCGUCCCGGGACGGAUGCCCUACCAAGGCUACUACAGCCCCUGCACCGGGCGCCACUACUGCUUGCGCGGCAUGGACUACUACGUGGACGGAGCCCCCAACAACGAGAGGCAGAUCAGCCAGCUAGUUGAGAAGAUUGUAAGGAAUUUCCCAUUUUGCGACCACCACCAAGAGAUGACACUCUGUGCACGCAUGCCCGCCCCGCAGCCAUCUUUCCCGUAUAUGAACCUUAGGUGGGACACGAGCCAUUUCAAGAGGGCCGGAGGGGCCCUGAGGGACACCUACGUCAUCCACCCCGAGUUCACGUCAGAGUCAUACCCGAUCCCCCAUUACUGGUAGCAAAGAGCCGAGACAGGCUGGCAUUAAAAUCGCCGCUGGUGACUUAUA